AUGGAAGCCUUCGGGAACUGUAGAACGAUCAGCAACUUGAACGCAACAAGAUACGUUCAGAUCGUCAAGGUGCAGUUUGAUCAGAUGGCCAGACUUAACAGUGUUCAGUUCCAAAUCUUGAAUUUGGAAAGAACUCGCCUGUCAAGACGACCGGAUGGUGAGCCAACGUUCCAUGUAUUUUAUCAACUGCUUGCUGGAGUGGAUGACCAAUACAGACAGGAAUUGUUCUUGAAUCAUCUGCACGAACCAAACGUUUUGAUGACUUCGCUUCAAAAGACGGAGGAUAAAAAAUAUGCAAGAGAUACAUGGAAAGAAAUAAUGAAGUCUAUGGAGACGCUGAAGUUCAGCGAGGAGGAAGUAAAUGUUGUGUUGAGGGUUCUUGCCGCUCUCUAUCACGUUGGUGCAGCCGGUGUUGCAAGAGGCAUACUGAAAGGAUAUAUUUUACACAGGUAUUUCGCCUCUUCAUCUUUUUCGAGCAGCAGUGGUGGUGCUAUGAAAUCCAUCUUACUGGUGGACCCUCCGGGCUUUCACAACCCUGAGUUAGGAGGCCGCCAUGUUGGGGCCAGCAUGUUUGAUUUAAAGUGCAACUAUUUGCAGGAUCGACUGUGGCUGCUCAGCUGCGAGGCACUCAUUCACGAAAAGUUGCAAAUAUAUCUGCAGGAACUGAACGAAACAUAUCCAACAAUUGAUGUUGAGUCCAUCAGACAACCAAUCAUAAGCAGACUUCAUGCUGUCGACGGCAAGCAGCACCAGCACCGAACAUUCCACACACAAUCAAGCAUUCGAUGUUUCAUCAUUCAGUACGCUGGCAUGCGAGUGAGGCAGGAUAUCUCACUGGUUGAUGUCUUGGAGAUUAUUCGUCGCAUGCCGCACGACAACGUCAUCAUCGACAGCAACAACAACAACGUUAUUGUUGACUGUGAUAACAACAUUAUCAACAACAACAUUAACAACACCAGCAACAACGUCACUAACAACGAUAUCAAUAACAACAACAGCAACAACAACAGUGACAGCAAUGACUUCAACAAGUUUUACAACAUCUACAGUAAGAAAAGAGUUGAUUCCGUAGACAGUGGUGCUGAUGAUGACAACAAUCGCGUCAACGUCACACAUGCCUCCGAGGAACUCGUUUCAUUUUUGAAUUACGUUCAUAAAAGGCUUAAAGAAACAUCUGUUCAUAAAGUACUUCCAGCGUCAACGACAUUAGCAGCAGCAGCAGCAACAAGAACGUCAUCAUUUUCGUCAUCAUCGCCGUUGUUUUUAUCCUCACUGCCGUCAAUGAUCACCAUCAACCAUUCAUCUGAUGAGAACAUUUACUCAUCUGUUAAUUACAACGUCAAGGAACUCAUCAAAUCAUCUUCAUCGUCGUCGUCAUCAUCACAAGUUGGCACCAAAAUUCAAAUAAGGGAUUGUUUAUUGAAAUCUUCCAACCAAGCUAUUAGAAACAUGUCGUUCAUUAAAAGGGUUGAUGUUCUAAAGUCAUCCUCAUCUUCUUCUUCACCAUCAUCAUCAUCGUCGUUGUCAUCUUCAUCUCUCGCUUCUUUCAUAACGGAUGUGGAUGGAUUGAUGGAGGAGCUGAGCAAACGACAGAAGAAAUUUGUUUUCUGCUGGCUGCCCAACAACAACGUCACUUCCACAUCAGAGGCACUGAGCAAGGGAUCGCCAACGCAACUCGACAAUCCACCUAACGAAAAUGUCAGCGGUGAUAUAGACAACAGCGACAGCAGCAUAAAUGAAGAGCACAAUAUUAACAUUAAAACACUUCGUGAUCAGUGGAGAGCCACUUGCCUUCUGGAUGCCUCCAAACUCUACAACAUGUCCUUCCCUCAGUAUUUCUCUUAUUUCGCAUUUGCCAACAAGUUUCAGGUAUUAGCCCCAAAUAGUGAGUUGAAACAGAAACUCCUGUACAGCAGGGAUUAUAAGAAUCUCACGAAACUCAUUCUCAGUAAUCAGAAAAUCGAACAGUCCAAUUUUAAAAUGGGAAUCACCAAAGUGUUUUUCAGGCCAGGAUCAUUGUCAUCACUUGAGGCGGCCUUCGAUGACGUCAUCAGUGGGUGGAUUGUUGACUUGCAGAGAUGGGGAAGGGGUAUGCUGACCAGGAAGCGAACUCAACUGCUCCAGAUGAGGACGGAUGCGAUGAGAUGCAUCCAGGAGAACAUGAGGCAGUUCAUGGUGCUGAGGAGGUGUCCGUGGUGGAGGGUGGUCAACAAGUUGAGACACAUCAUCCACGCCAAUGUUCCUCACAACAAUCAGCAUCAUCGUGAUCAUGAUGAUGCUGCAGCUGAUGAUAAUCAUCAGAUGGCUGGGCCUGUCCAAUCAGGCAUGAAGUUCAACAAGCAGAAAUACAAAGAAUCAUUUCAUUUGUUAUCUAACGGCAUUGAUGUUGAUGACGAUGAUGAUGUUAUCACAUCAAGAAUAGAGAUGCUGACGGUCAACGAUGAUGAUGACGUUAAUGACAGGGUGUACAAUCAUGAGGCCAUGAUGAAGAGGAUGCAGCUGAAACACAAGGAUGAACUGGAUGACUUGGAAGCCACUGCACUGGCUGCUGGCAGGAAGCUUGCGUAUGCUUUAGAAGACAUGGACGAGCAGAAGUCAACAUUAACGAAACUGUUGCGGGAGUUGGAAAUGAAAAACAACAGGAUAGCAACACUAACUGAACAGUUGGAGGAGGCAACCCAACAGAAUGAUGAACUUCAAGAUGGUCAGCACAGGUUGGAAAAGGAAGUGUUGCGUAAAAAGGAAAUGUUGAAAUAUGAAGAAAGCCAACAUGAAGAAAUGUUGAAGGAGCUUGAAAGGAUGUUGGAUGAUAGGGCAACGAUCAAACAACAACUUGAUGCUACCUUGACAGACUUGGAGAGGGAAGUGAACAGGAGGAAGGACGUUGAAUUGAAGCUGAGGUUGUACUGUGGGGCCAAUGUGGAGGUUGAAGCUCUGAAGCAGCAGAACACUGACCUGCUGAAGAACCAGACCAAACAGCAGCAGAAACUUGAAGACCAGGAAGCUACCAUCAAGAAACUUUUGAAGACGAUAAUGAAUUUAGAGGACACAAAUACAUUAACGAAGCAGACGUUGUUGAGGACGGAACGACAGAAAGAACAGGAAAUGGAUGACAGCAAAUUUGCUGCAUGGAGAGAGAAGUUCAACGACGAGGGACAAUUGAAUGAAAUAAAGAUGGAAAAGGAUGCGCUGAUCACGCAGUUGAACACCAGGACUCAACAAUUGGAACAACUCCUGGUCCAGAAGAUUAAAAAAUAUAAAUCCAACGAAAGAGGGUACAAAGCACUGUUGAAAAAAGUUAAGAAAAUUUUGCAAGGGGACCAGACAAAUCAUCAAAAUGAAAUCGACGAUCAAAAAGUUCAGAGUCCUCACAAACUCCUCAAAUUGUUGAGAUCUCACUUAAAUGAGGCGGAGCACGAAUGUGAUACAGCGAAGAGUAUGAAGAUUGCAUUAGAAGCCGAUGCACUACGCGCACAACAACAAAUCGAUGCCUUACUUGAAGAGAAACAACAGAGUCAUGCAAAGAACAAGUCGCUCCUUGCAGAGAAUAGUGAACUAUCUUAUCAGCUUGCGGAACAAACAGACGAAUAUAAUAAUCUCAUGAAAAAGUAUUCAUUACUCGUCAAACAGGAAUUAUGCUUGCAAACGCAUAUUGACGCUGAUGCUACAUGA